CAACUCUCCAACGCAGGUCUCUCCGAGUGUUGACACAUCGAUACUUUCAUGUCUACAUGUGUGUGUGUGUCCCGUUCGUUGAUUAUGUGUAUGCGAUUUGUUGGUUGAUUGUUUUUGCUUUCGCUUGUUGCUGUUGGUUCGGUGAAAUGUUGUUGCUUUUGUUAUGAACUCACGUGCGUAUGUGUUCGUGCAUGUGUUCAUGCGAAUUGUGGUGGCAAAUUGUAGUGGUCCCGGCGAUCGUAGUUGUUGUAGGGCGUUUGCUGCGAACGAAAGCAGUGGCAGCAAUUCUAAACUUACUAACAAAUAACACAUACUAAAUAAAGUGUGCAGUGCGAAAGUCUUUCUGAGAAAGUGCAAAAAAUAAAAUUUCUGUGGAAGUGCUUAUUUUAUAUUUUUUAUUAAAAAAAAUUCAAAAUGUUUAACAUUUACAGUAACACUGCAAGCUGAUCCAAAACAAACAUGCCACUUAAAUUUUGCUUCGCGUUGCAUUUUAGCACCAGCUUUUGUGUAUUUUUAGUUUGCCGCAUUCUUACUUGCAAUUGCUAACAACAAUAUAUAGUUGAGUGGAGCAUCAUCGCCAGCGUUGCCACAAGCGCAACAGGCCGUGUGCAAGCUUCAAUAACAAAAACAGCGAAAUAUCAAAAGAAUUUGAAACGCAACCAAAAUAAAGCAGAACUUACAGAUGCAAACGUAUGCUCAGCAGUUUUGUUGGAAGCAUCCACCACUGAGCAGCGGCUGCGCUCUACUGCUAUUGGUAGAGGUACUGCCACACUAAUACUACUACAAAUUGCUUAACGGUCGCAACACCCACAACGCUGUUACAAAAGUUAACUGUACUCAUACCAAAACGUUAAGUGAGAGAGCAGUUAGCAGAGAGCGUACGACUAGUGUUGCCAAUGCGCAAUACAUGGAUACAAUCGCAUAUCUGAACAUACACAUACAUACCUACAUAUCUAAUCGCAGGUAUCUGUGCUUUUGCAUGCGCGAGAGUAGUGAUUAGAGGAUUGAAGAGGUCGCAUGCAAAGCAAACACUAAGAAGCACAGAUUUAAUCAAAUAGACGUGUGGUAACGAAAGUGUUGAGCGUUGGUACGUUACCCGAAAGGAUCAAACACUAGCGUUCUAGAUACAGUUAGCCCCGUAGCCCAGAGCUUAGUGUCCUCAAAAUAGCAGCGGUUGAGAGUGAGCCCGCAGGAAAUGUGGGUGAUAUGGCGUUCUCACGUCACAACAUCGAGAAACGACGCCUCAUCGAGUUGGUGCGCUUGAAUGCGAUACUCUGGGACUGUCGCCUGCCGCACUACAAGCGCUCGGACAAGAAAAAGGCGCUGAAAUGGAACGAAUUGGGUCGAGUUUUCGGCGUUAGCGGCGAGCGUGUGCAGCGCACGUUCACUUCGCUGCGUGAGAUAUUUCGACGUGAGUUGAACCACGAGAAAAUGCUGGGCACACGUUUCAAGUCCAAGUGGGAGUACUAUGACGCCAUGGCUUUCCUAAAAGAAGUCAUAAGGGAACGCAAAUCACGUGAGCGCAAUAAAAUUCCUGCUGACGCACAGGCGCAACAACAAACACAACAACAUCAGAGCAAUAACAAUAGCAGCGCCAUUGAUGAAUAUCAGUAUUUUGCGCCUAAUGAUCCCAAUAAUCCCAACAACCAACAGUCAACGCUUACUAACGACCCGAAACAACAGCAACUACAACAACCACAAUAUCAAACCUUGACACAGCAGCAACAACAACAACUCUCGGUUAACUCGUCUUUUCCAACACAGAUACACUUGCAACAAUUGGCGCCGUUAAAUGAGACACCACAUUCGCAGCCGCAACCAACUUCUCAUACCACAGCACUAGCUGCCGUGGCUCAACUGCCACAACAGCCGUUGCACCAAAUGCAACCCGACGAGAUACUCAGUCUGAAUGCGAACUCUGCAUCGACAUUACCAAAUCUCGGCAACAUCAACGGUAAUGCAUCUUUUACUGGCAAUUCCAGACCGCCUUCUCAGCAGCAACAACAAGCACUACAGCAACCGGCGCAGUCCCUGUUCCAGUUGCAGCCACAACCGCCGGGAACACAAUCGCUCGUGGCCAUUUCGAGUUCUCACUCGUCGGCGUCAAGUUCGCCGUCGAUUUACAUUAAAGAGGAGCCCGAUUCGCCAGACACGCUUUCACUAACCACUAUUGCCGUAAAUGAACACAACUCUGCGUAUUCACCUCAGCACAAUGCAAUACUAACCACAGCCACAAGAAGCAAACAUGCCCAAAACUUAAAUACUCAUUCUAAAGUUGGCUUUGCAAAUAAUAAUGCUACAAACAAUGGCGUUUUAAAAGCUCAGUCUAAAUCGCACAUACCCGGUUCUUCUGCGAGUCUAAUUAUCGACGAAGACUUCGCUGAGCCCGAUGUCGAAUUAGACGAUCUCGAUGAUCCGGAUGUGGAUAUGCUCAACGAUGAUCGACUCUCGGCUGCGAGCACUUAUACACUGGCGGGGAAACUAUGUCGCCCCUCGGCACGUGAAAUACUGUAUACCAAGUUCGGUGACUUUUUGGCUGCACGUCUUAAUACUCUCAACGAAACUGUGGCUAAUGAUCUGAUGAAUCGUAUACUUUUGCUAAUCGCCGAAAAGUAGAUGUGAAAAGAAGAGGCGAUUGUUGUUAGCAUACUCCAUUUAUGUGAUUUUUAUAAACUUUAUAAACGCUAAGUGUGCUACUAACUCACAUACCAAAUAUAGAUUCCGAUUGUCGUAUUAGUUUCUUAUAAAUAUUUUUGUAUACAUAUAUAUAGAUCUGUAAAAAGUACUUUAUAAGCGACAUUUGCAUACUGUAUAUCCAUAAGAAAAUUCAAUCUGUAUGAGUCUGAAUAUAAAUCUUUAAGUCAUAUCAACUGGCCAUAAUCAUAUAGUAAGAAUUAGGCUAAAUAAAUGUAUAUAAUAUGUAUCCUUUUCGAAAAGCUCCCUGGAUAUAGGAAUUUUCCUAUAAAAGUCGAGUAUGGGUUAAAAUUAAAUAAAUUUUCAUGAGUUAAUGGAUAAAGAAUGA